AUUUACGUCACUCGAUAAUGGCUGAAGCAAGAUGAAGUAGGUGUGUACGGAAGUGAAAAAAUCAGGCUAUGAAAGCAGUAUACUAAGGAUAUAAACUUACCAGCAACUGGAACCUUAAUACUGGUGACAUCAAACAUUAUAUCAUUGACAUUUGUUGAAAUAAGGAGAAGAAAUUACAGCUGAUUGUCUUUAAAAUAUGGCGUCAUAUGGAAGAGGGGAGUUUGAUGGCGGCUUUUCAUCAUAUCAGUCAGGAAAUAGAUCAACAGCCGGUGGUAGCAGCGAGUUUAACAGAUUAGUAAAUAGUAUCAGUGGAAACAUACAGAAAAUCUCACAACAUGUGGCACAAAUGCAAAGAUCUGUCAACCAGAUCGGAACCAGUCAAGACAAUGAACAGCUUCGAGAGCAAAUGCACCAGGCACAGGCCUACACCAACCAGCUGGCUAAAGAUACAAAUCAUGAUCUCAAGGAACUGGCCCAUCUUCCCAUGCCAGCAUCAGAACAGAGCAAAUGGAGAAUGCAGAAAGACAGACUUACAGACGAAUUCAGUAAUGUUCUGAAAAACUUCCAAACUGUUCAACGAUCUGCUGCAGAGAAGGAAAAAGCUAGUGUAGCAAGAGCCAGGGCUCACUCCAGUUCUACCGGACAUGGCUUUAAUGACUUCAGUGACAUUAGACCAGAGGAACAACAGACAACCCCUGGAUUUUCCCAGACACGUCAAAUUUUACAAACAGAAGAAGAUGUUGAUCUGGAAAUGUUGCAGGAACGUGAAGAUUCCAUUAAAAAAUUAGAGAGAGAUAUUGUAGACGUUAACCAGAUUUUCAAAGAUCUUGGUAUGCUCGUACAUGAACAAGGAGAAAUGCUAGACAGUAUAGAGGCUAAUGUGGAGAGUGCCCAGAUCAGGGUCGAGGAGGGAACACAACAGUUGUCAAAAGCCAGAGAUUACCAGGGAAAAGCAAGAAGAAAAAAGUGCAUAUGUGUAAUAAUUCUACUCGUAGUUCUAGCAGUAAUAGGCAUUAUACUCGGUAUCACUCUUUCAAAUAAAAAUUGAG